GAAUAUAAACAAACACAUUUCCCAUAACGCCAUUACUGAAAUCGAACGUGACGCUUACAGAGUCUCGUGAGGAAGGACUUGAGUCGUACCAGCCGUCCCCAUAACGUCAUACCACCAAUCACCAGGAUUUGCGCCCGUCUUGUCCGUCUGCUCUCCGCGGCCUGCCUUUCUAUCGAAAAAUUCCCAUUUAGGCUCACUCUGCUAAGCAUUGACAAUAUCCACCAUGUCUGCACCUGCCGAGAACCCCCAUCCCAUACCUCUGACUGAAUCGGAGGUCUUGAUCCGUGGAUUCCUGGCUGCGAACCCCGCGCUUGACGCUGAACUGGGUCCGAUCGAAGUCAUGACGGACCGCUACACGAAUGAAGAGUGGGCGGCGCAAAUUGCGGAAACGAGGAAGGUGGUCUUGAAAGAGGUGGAGAGUGGCGAGAGGGCUCAAAAAGUAUACGAGGGGCCGAAGAUGAGAAAUGGGAAUGAGGCGCUGAAAGAGCUGGCUAAGACAGUUGACCACACAGUUCUGAAAUUGGAUGCGACAAGUGCCCAGAUCGAUACCUUGUGCAGUGAGGCCCGAACAGAGGACUUCAAGUCUGUCUGCGUUCGGUUGAACUGGGUACAACGCUGUGCCACCAACCUCAAAGGCUCUUCUGUUGUCGUAGCAGCCGUCGUCGGAUUCCACGAGGGCACUCAGGACACCUACUCCAAGCUGCGCGAAGCACGCGCCUGCGUUGCCGCCGGCGCCUCAGAACUGGACCUCGUCCUCAACCACUCUCUCCUCACCAAGCACAACAAGCCAGCCUCUGCCCGCGCCAUCCGCAGCCACGACUCAGCAAUCGACAGCGUCACCGCCGCCAACACAGCCGCCAACUCCGGCUCCACCACCAGCAACGACGAAGACGAGAUCCCAGACUACAGCACCAUCUACCGCGAACUCGCGUCCAUCCGCUCCCUCUGCCCCUCCCCUGUUGUCAUCAAACUCAUCCUCGAAACCUCGCAACUCAACCCGGAGCAGAUCCUCGCGGCCUCGCACCUCGCCGGUGCUGCCAACCUCGACUUCAUCAAGACCUCCACCGGCUUCAACGGCCCCGGCGCCUCGCUGCCCAACGUGCAGCUCAUGGUCGGCGCGGCCGAGUACCUGCACAAGACGGGCGUCAGCAAGCGCCAGAUGGAGGUCAAGGCGUCGGGCGGAGUCCGCAGUCUCGACGACGCGGUCAAGAUGCUGGAGUCGGGUGCGACGAGACUGGGGACGAGCAGUGGGCUGUGGAUUAUGCAGCAGGCGCGGGAGAAGAUCGAGCAGGCAAACGGUGGAAAGAGCGAGGACAGGCCGGGGGCGACGAGGCUGUACACUGAUGAUUCGGUCGCUACUGGCUACUGAUUCGAAGCGUGAGCGAGGUGGUGUGAGUGGCAGGAGACUAUUUCGACAUAGACAGCUUAGAUCUGAUCAUUAAUUGCACUGAUUUGGAGAG